CUCACACGUGUAUACCAACAUAUUUCAAUCUAAUUUUUAACAUGGCCUUUUUAAGAAAAGUGUGCAAUAAAAUGAAAAUAAUGUAUCGAAAUGAAUAAUUAUGGAAAUACAACCUUAACUACUACAAUGGAUUGUCUAUCAAAUUGUGCAAGGCCAAGGAGAUAAAAACUAAAUGAAGGUAUAUUUUAUUUGUCAUAUUUAAACUGUGGAUUAAAAACACAUCAUCUGCUGCUGAGGAAAUGACCUGUCUACAAAGUUUUUAAACAAAGAAUACAAGGAAACGUGUAUCGAAAUAUAUUGUCCUGCACAUAUCCAGACAUAGCAACUCCAAUAAAUAAUAGUGUUAGAAGGCCUGUAAAAUAUACAUAAUAUCUAUUGUCCAAUUAAUACUGUUAAAAUUAAUGUACACAAUCUUAUUUAAUUAUUAAUCACAAUUGUGUAACUGAAAUUCUAAAAUUUGAAGUAGUACAAUUAGAUGUUACAGAGCUUAUCUGAGAAGAAUAUUUACCUUAUUAAAAUUUUUAAAUAAAUAUUAAAAUAUAGUCUUUAGAUAAGUAAUUCAAUUUCAUUGUUUGUAGCACUUGAACUUGAUGAGGUACAAAUAAAUUAAUUAAAGACUAUUUUUGAAUUGUGAAAAUCCAAUAAUAAAUUAUAGUGUCUACAAGUAGGUAGAAAUAAAUCUGUAAAGUGUUCAUUAUUAACAUAAAGUAAGCACAUUCAUGUUUUAGGCACGUUAAUGUUAGUAAUCCUUCAAUCAGAAACAAAUAAAGAUGAGAUCUAAUGCUAACACAACGAGCGGCUUCACCAAAGCCGCGCUGAUGGAGCACAUAUCCCACAGCAAGGCCUCAGUGCUAUGGAGCCUUGCGCUCAGCUCCACUGCUAUUAUCGUCUUCACCUGGGCUUUAAUGUUCGUCGCCAUCUCCUGGAUCAAAAUACCGCAAUGGCGGCAAUUCAAAAACUACAUCUUCCUCAACUUAAUCAUAGCCAUGCUUCUAAUGAAUGCUGUCUACACUGGCUGUUUUGCCGACUGGCCCUGCUCUGACACCGUCUUGACUGUCGUUUUCUCAAUUUCGAUGUCGGCAUUCUCCAACUGGGUGCUGGUCAUGUGUCUCGUUAUCUACACGAAAAUCUUGAAAGUUUUCAGCGGUGACCUGCAGCACAAGUAUUGUAAAGCUAAUGCUUUGGCUUGGGGUUUGGCUAUUUUAGUAUCCACAUUUCCUUUAUAUCUUAAACGGAGCAUGGACAACGGUUCAAACCUCUUUGUCGUACAUGCUAUGACCUAUGUCAUUGUCGGCAUUUACUUAAGCAUUAUUUACGCUCUUUUGAAGCUGACUACUGUCAGAAUGGUCAGUACCGAGAAUACUACUCAAAUAAUCAAGAUAUUCUUUUAUGUUACAAGCGCUUUCUGUAUCUUGAUUCUCACGCAGGCGCUUUAUUACUUCCCUGAAGUUUACGACUAUCUGUUCAUGAGUAUUUGCGGUUGUGAGAUAAUUUUGGUUGUGUCUUACUUGAGUAUGAAAUCGCACUGGGAAAUAUGGGAUGAUUACAUGAAAGGAAAAGUCGAUGUUGAUCAUCAAGACUGUAAUAUUAAUUUGAAAUUACUGUAGACUCCUAUUGAACCUGUUAUAUUUUUUAAUAAAUAUUAUCGGUUUCAGAAAAAAUCUAAGACAAUGUUGAAUAGUUUUGAUAUUUUGUGUAAAAACAUAUUAUGUAAGUGUUUCUAAAACAUUCAUUUUAACUAAUUGAUAGUAAUGAUAUAUCCUCCAGGGGCCUAAUGUCAUAAAUAAUUAUGUUACAUAAAGUUUGCAAUCUAUGCACACAGUGCUAAAGUUUCAAUUUUUCUGAAAAAGAUGG